GUGCAAGUCGCAGACGCCAACCUCAUGGCAGGAGCGGUUGCGGCGUGGGAGCUUCCAAGAAAUUGUUUGACCUGGUUAACAAUCCUAAAACUCAGGAGCAGCUCAGCUCCAAGUUUGUUUGUGAAUGGCAUUUCAAUCCUCCAAGUGCACCCCACUUUGGCGGACUUUGGGAGGCUGCGGUCCGCUCGACCAAGUCGUUGUUAGUUCGUGUGUUGGGCAAUCAGGUGUUAUCAUUAGAAGAGUUUUCCACUGUGCUUUGUAGGAUAGAGUCUGUCCUAAAUUCCAGACCUCUUACCGCUUCGUCUAAUGACCCAAAUGACUUAGAGUGUCUCACCCCGGGUCAUUUUCUUAUUGGUAGACCGGUAUGUGCGGUACCUGAGGCAGAGGUCCUUGACAGUUCGUUAAGCCUCAAAAAUCGUUGGAAGCUCCUCCAGCAGCUGUCUCAGUCCUUUUGGCGCAGGUGGUCCAACGAAUAUUUAAAUACCCUACAAAUUAAGGCUCGUUGGGUAAAGGGUCAAGAAAAUGUUAAGUUAGGUGACUUAGUUGUUAUUAAAGAUAAUUUAUCCUCUCCACUAGUAUGGAAGUUAGGCAGGAUUCAGCAACUCCUCCCGGGCCCAGAUGGGGUCGUGCGAGUAGUUAGGCUGCUCACCAACCAAGGUCUUAUUACAAGACCAGUUGUGAAGAUAGUUCCUCUUCCUACGCAAUAA